GCGCUGGACGGAGGCAGAAGGAGCCUGGCUGGCUGCUGGAGGGGCCCUCCUGGGAAGAGGCCAGGAGCCAAGCCCCAGGGAAGGAGGAGGAGCAGCAGCAGAAGCACUCAGAAAACGCUCCAAGGGAAAAUGCCCCAUGAGGGAGAGGCAACCCCUUGCGUCUCCAAAGUUCAGGAUCGAGGUUGGGCAUGGGUGGUCUUGAUAGCCACAGUGCUGGUUCAAGCUUUGACGCUGGGCUUUCCUUCCUGCAUUGGGGUCUUCUUCAAGGACCUGCAGUAUGAUUUCCAAGCGAGCAACAGUGAAACCUCAUGGUUCCCCUCCAUCAUGACAGCUGUGCUACAUGCUGGUGGGCCCCUUUGUAGUAUUUUGGUGGAACGAUUUGGCUGUCGGGUCACUGUCAUGCUGGGAGGUCUUCUCAGUGGCGUGGGCAUGGUUGCCAGUGCUUUCUCCAAGUCUAUUAGCCAACUGUACAUAACAGCUGGAUUCAUUACUGGCUUGGGAUCGUGCUUUAGCUUCCAGGCAGGAAUCACUGUACUUGGUUACUACUUUAUACGCCGGCGAGCCCUUGCCAAUGCACUGGCCUCCACGGGCGUCUCCAUCGGCCUGACUCUGUGGCCACUGAUCUCUCAGUACCUGCUUGAUGAGAUGGGCUGGAGAAAUACUUUCCUCAUUUUUGGGGGAGUGCUGUUGAACUGCUGUGUGUGUGGAGCUGUGAUGAGGCCAGUCCCAGACAAGCCACCUGCCCCUACAUUGAAGUCCUGCCCUGAGCAGUCAAGAGAAGGGGCACGUUUGUCCAACGGCAGCACCUCGUGUUGUGACGAGCCUCUGCAUCCAUCCAAGUGGGCUGCUUGCUUCCAGAUCCUACAGAAGUACCUCGCUUUUGACAUCUUCUGCAAGAACAAAGGCUACCAGAUCUACACCAUUGGAGUGUCCUGGAUGGUGAUGGGGUUUGUGCUGCCACUUAUCUACCUGGUGCCCUAUGCCACCUUGAAUGGAGUGGAGGAGCGCAAGGCUGCCCUCCUCAUCUCUAUCAUUGGUUUCAUCAACAUAUUCAUGCGGCCCAUGGCUGGCCUGCUCUCAGGCCUCAGUAUCUUCACUGGCCGGCGGAUCUAUCUCUUUAGCAUGGCUGUCAUGCUCAAUGGUUUGAGCAAUCUUAUUUGUGCCAUCUCAGCUGAGUACACUGUUCUUGUUCUCUACUGCCUGGUCUAUAGUGUGUCCAUGAGUGUCAUUGGAGCACUUAUCUUCCAGGUAUUAAUGGAUGUGGUAGAAAUGGACAGGUUCUCCAGUGCCUUGGGACUCUUCACUAUCUUGGAGAGUUUCACUAUUCUCAUAGGACCCCCUCUUGCAGGGCUUCUAGUGGAUUUAUUAGGCCAUUAUCGUUAUGUCUUCUAUGCUUCCAGCUUCUUCAUGGUAUCAGCAGCUCUCUUUAUGGGCCUUAGCUUCUGCACCAUGGAGGCAAAAGACAAAUUGAAAGAAACUAAUAAGCCACCCCCUGAGAACCCAUCCAAGGGCAAAUACACAGAAGUGCCGACUGAACUGGAGCUUGACAGAAAUGGCCCUCCUGCAAUCAUCUGUGUCACAAGCAUCUGAAUCCAAAGGACCUGGAAAAGCAUUGAAUUCCCCACAACUGCAAGCAACCUGGGAGCAGAAGGGAAAAACAAGUGCCUCCUCAAUCUCUCUCUCUGGUGCCCACCUGCUUCCUGCUUCAACUUUCUACUCAACUGCAUUGGGCUCAGGUUUCUAGAUGCAGGAUCUAGAUCAGACAAUAUGAUGAUGAUGAUGAUUAUUAUUAUUAUUAUCCAUCCAGAAAUCCAAAAAGCACUUUAAACAGAAUGUUUGUGAUGCAAGCCAUGGGGUCAAAGGAAGACAAUGUCCUGUGGCAAUCAAUUGUUUAUAUUACUUGAAGUUGAGCAUUUUUGUAAUGAUCAUCAGGUUUCCAUUACAUAUUCCAGUGUAUAAAAAUGGAAGGACUUAUUCACUCACUGGGUUAUGAAUUAGAAUUGUCCCCUGAUAAAGAGGCCAGUCUAGGAAGGGACAAUUAUAUGAGAUUUACAAAAUGUUUAUGGACAGGCCCGUUUGCCACAGAUGAAGUCUGCUGAAUGACCCAUCUUCAAGCACAAGGGAAGAACUUUUCUUUAUGGGGGCCUUACUGUUAGGCUCCUUGAAUGUUACACAGAGUUUUUCAUUCCUGCUGUAUAAUCUGAGGCCAGUUACUCUAUGAAUAUAUAAUUUAUCUCACUCAUCAAAGCCACAUCAGGGAUGAGUGGGAAUAUAUAUGCUACCAAACAAAGUGAGUCAUUUCUGCAUUUCAAGGGUGUUUGGGGGAGCAACAAAAAGAAGAAAAGAGACUUCAGAUGAAAAACCGGUUAGCUCCGAAGUGCCUGUAUAUCUAGUCAAUAGUGUCUUAAAUCCUCUUGGUUCCUGUGUGAAAUUUAUGCUACAGUAAAGAAAGGGUGACAGCUGAUCAAAAGAGGCAGUUGUGUUUUGCCGCAUUAGAUCACUAGCAGUUGUACAACUAGCUUGAUCUUAUCCUCAUUGAUACUUCAUCUUCAUUGUGUCUUUAGUCUAUAAACCCAAUUUAGAAAGAGGUCUAUAAGCUAUCUAAGGAUUAAUAAGUUACACGUGAGUAAACUGACACCUAGGUAGACAUAUAUCAGUGUAAAAAAAAUUAAGGAUGGCAAGUGCUAUCCUACCAGCAUGUCUAAAGCAAAAGGUCAGAAUUAAAACUGUUUUGUAGUGAUGUCUCUUUCUUAAAUUACAUGCAAAAACAUGUUGUUAGGGAAAUGAUGCUUUCUCUGCAAUCAUUUUCCUAAAAUGAUUGUUUCAUGGUAAGAUUGGCUCUGGAAGUGACCCAGGAACCAUACUGAGUUGACUGGGGAAACUUGUAGCUAGUUUUGCCAGAUCUUCUGAAAUUGAUCUACUGGCCCUAGCCUUGUUAAAACAGCCAUGGCUGAACUGGAACACAGCUGUGCUUUAAUUCAGAUUUUGCUUGCUUUUUUUUUCACAGUUCUAGACCUAUGUCUCACAUUCCAUUCUUACAGUUUUCUGAUAUCUCACUAAACACUGACUUUAAACUUUGUGAAUACGUCUGAAACAGUUUUGAGAGGUAGGAAAGGAAACUCUGUCAUAGUCAGAAAAAGCAUUUUUAAAGGUCAUUGGACAUAGAAGCAGAUAAGAAAGUCAUUGCAAUCCUGCUGUUGUAUCACAUUUGAACUGAGGAAAUCUGCAAGGAUGCCUGGUCCAAAACAUAGCUUGAGGCAGAAGAACCAAGUGGUAUUCCUUCCCUAGCUAAAUUAACAUGGGCCACAAUCUCUUGCAUAAACUUUACUGAGUUGGAUGAGAGUUGUAUAUGAACAUAACAGUCCCACCUCACUUUAUUGUGGUUUUGACAAGCAUCCACUUGAACGUGGUAUGGGUGCCACACUUAGAGAGUGCCCAGGCUAUGUCUCAUGAGGCAGCCAAUUUACCUUAUUUCAGGAUUAAGCCACAUAUGUGCAGGAGCAGGGCUGAUAAAAGUUACUUUUUGGGCUACAGCUCCCAAAAUCCCACACACACAGCAUGGCCACAGGGUGGGAGAUUUUGGGAGUUGCAGAAUAACUUUUUGCAGCUGGCUUACCAAUAGCUAGCAAGACAGUUGGUCAAGCAGAUGAGUUACUUUUACUCUUUAAACACAUCACUUUAAGGGGAAGCUUCACUUUAGGCAGGAUAGUUCAAAAUCCAUUUCAUUCUAUGGCCACUAAUAUGAGCCAACAUGUGUAGAAGCUGCUAGAGAAGGAUUAAAACCUCCUCUGAUAAUUUAGGUGAAGGGAGCCCUAUAUGGAGAUGAAUGUGGGUUCUUCAUUGGUGGGCUCUGAAAGGUGUGUGUGUUUAACUGUGUUUGAGCAAUGAAGCUUCGGGGCUUCCACUUCAUGCUAGCAGCUACAUGCCAAGCAGAGCCAUCAAGGGUUAGUUUACUUAUGGAGCUUGGGUUUUCUGGGGUAGAUGGGGUGGGAUGGGAUGUAGGAUGUAUUUUCCAUAUUUGAAGAUUGAAUGUCUAAAGCAUAUAUUCAGCAUAUAUGUACAUGCACGAACAUGUAUACACACCCAAUCUGGAAGCCCAGGUCACCAAGCUUUACAAGACUUGAAUGUUUUUACAUACUAAAAACAUGUUUGGAUUUCUUUCACAUUAUUUGUGUGCCAGUAUUUAUGAAUGUUGUCAAUAGAGGAACAAAGUAGAGGUUGAGAUAGAAAGUAAAAGAGCCAUUUUAUAAGUAGAGUACCCAAUGCUAUGUUUAGGCCUGAAACAGGACAUGCAGAAAACAGACCUGCAGUCUACUUGUAUGCAUAUUUGAGCUGCUAACUCAAAUGGGUUUUAAAUUUGUUGCAGGCACUUUUCUAACAACAUUUAAUAUACAUGGCAAUUCUGUGUUGUUGUUGUGUGCUUGGCAAGAUUUGUUCAGUGUGGGUUCGCCUUUGCCUUCCUCUGAAGUUGAGAGAGUACAACUUGCCCAAGGUCAAGUCACCCAGUGGGUUUCCAUGGUUGAGUGUUGAUUUGAACCCAGAUCUGCAGAGUCAUAGUCCAACACUCCAACCACAACACCAUACUGGGUCUCUAAUUCUAUGCCUAGAGGCAGGCAAAUAUUGAGAAUGACAGGAGUGAGCUAUUGAUUUCUUGCGCAACUCUUAAGAAUAAUUUUUCAGCCAACACAGCCACUGGUCAUACUGCCUGGGAGAUUCUAGAAGUUAUCAUUUUUUAAAAAAAAAAUAUUUUGAGCCCUGCUUUAAAGUAUCAGAGAAGCAUCAGGCUGGGUGUUGUGUUGGAAGCAAAAUAUUGAACUACUGUAGAGGGACACUUAGCCUUCUCUCAAGAUCUUUUCUUUGAUUACUUGAAAGUAUAUUCAGUGAAGUUCAGUGCAGCUUAUGUGCAUAAGAUUUCAAUCUUAAGCAUUAUAAAAGAAAGUUUACUCAAGGCAAGUUAAACCCACUAUUGUCCUUGCCACCACUGAACAAUGCUUACUUCACAUGCAAAACAUAUGUGUCUCACUUGGGGCAGAAAAGCUGCCCCAAGUGGAAAGAAGAAAAGCUAAGUGUUUAUAAUAACUAAACACACCAAACUAAACAGAUAUGCAUAGAAUCCCCCACUCCUGCUGUCUCCAACAGGUUUAGACUGAAUUAGAUGUACCUAAGGUAUCCACCAUGGGACAAGAAUAAAUUCACAUUAUUAAUAAAAAUGCAAACCGUUAGGGGCUGAAUAUCUACAAAAUAUCACUGCAGUGGUGUUUAUGUAACAGACAUUGAAUGAGGCCCUUUCAUUUAUGGAGUGAGUCACACAGAAUGUUAACAGUAGACCAAAGAAUUGACAUUGAUGUAGGACACACGACCCUAAAGCACUUAGUAACAUUUUGCUUUCAGGACUGUGGCCAGUUUAUUACCAAAAAUGGUGCAUUAUUUGCUAUAAAUUUUUACCUGUAAAUCUUUUAAAGAUAUGCAAAGGGAUUUUGUAGAACCAUUGAGACUAAAGUGUUUCACUCCAUACAUCUGAGUAAGUAGACUUCAGUCUAUGGAAACUCAUGCUACCAACUUCUUUCUUUCUCUCAGGAGUUUAUCAAACGGGAGGAAUUUCUCUUAAAUUCGAAUGAAAAAGUGG